AUGCCUCUUUCUUCGUUUGUCAUCAAUCCGCUGAUACCUUGUGUCACUGCAGUUGUUCGCACUCCCGAGGAAGCGGCCUCAAGAGAAAACGCUUACGACUAUGUCAUCCUCUGCGUGAAAGCGUUACCCGAUGUUUAUGACUUGGGGUCCGUCAUCGAAUCCGUCGUCACCCCUCAACAUACAUGUAUCCUCGUCAACACCACAAACACAAUCGGAGUGGAAUCCCAUCUGGAGCACCGGUUUCCCACCAAUGUCGUUCUGUCUCUGGUUUCCAACGUCAAUAUCACGCAGAUUGGCGCCAGCGAGUUUGAACACCAGGGGUCGUCGUCAGAAAUCUGGGUCGGACCUGCCAGCAAGAAUCCUUCCAUCCCCGCAGCUAUCCAGAAUGAUAUGGCUUCGGCAUUGGCCAUCACCCUCAGUUCGGGCCAGGUAGAUUGCAAAGUCUCGUCCAACAUUAGGCAGGAGCAGUUUGAGCGCAUGAUAGGGCCUAUUGCGUUCCAUCCUGCUAGCGUCCUCUUCGAAACUCCAAACCACGCUCAGUUGCUGGAGAAGGUCGGUGUACGGCAGCUGGUAUCGGAUGUGAUCGACGAACUCAUCCAGCUGGCUACGUCGCAAGGCUGUUCGUUUCCGAGUGACUUUCGCGAGAAGACCAUCCAAAAGAUGAUCGCCUCAUCCGACACUCAGAGCACUAUGUACCAAGAUUUCAUGGCCCGGAGACCGAUGGAGGUCGAGACAUAUCUAGGAUCUCCCAUCAAACUAGGAGUGGAAAGCGGUGUGCGCCUUCCACGCAUUGAAACAUUAUACGCCAUGUUGCACCACGUCAACACGGUCAACCAAACCAAGCCGCAGUCAGCGCCUUCACCGCAACCAUCGGUGGUGGUCUCUCAACCUCCACCUCCACGGACCUCUUCAGUGCCUCCUCCCCAGCGACCGAUGGCGAAUGGAAUGCGUUCCAGUCGAACCUCAUCAGGCAUGGGAAUGCCUCCCCCACCGCAGAGACGAGGGCCACCCCCUCCGGGUGGCCCCAUGAGACCACCAAGUGGUCAACCUUCUCCGAACAGGAUGCCCCGCGAUACUUCCCUUGAGGAUAACGGCCUGGAGGAAUUCAGUCAUCUUGUCGUUUAUGAUGACUUGCCCGACAGCACUCAGAAUAGCAAUGGCAGCACUCAGAACAGCAAUGGCAACCAUUCCUCAGACAUGCCCAAUGGCGGAGCUCCAACGGCCUCCGAACUUGCCCUUCGAGAGCGCGAGUUGCAACUCCGUCAGCGCGAGCUGCAGCUCCGUGAGCGAGAGAUGAACAUGAGGCGAGGCGGUCGGAGGGGCCCGCCUCCUCAGCCCUCCUUCGAUGAAGACGACGAGGAUGACUACUUCGAUCCCAUGGAAUUCCGUCCUCCACCAGGCAUCGAUCCUGAUAACAUUGACAUGAUGAGUGUCACAUCCCGCCGAAACAGAAAGACACCGAGCGCCAGCCAGCUGCGCAAAAACCCUGAGAGCGCGGGCUCAAGUUCGCGUCCUACCUCAUCCUUUAGCCGAUUAUUCGGUGGAGGGAGAAAGAGCACGAGUUCCCGUUUGAUCCAAGAGAUCCCCACCAUCCACGGUUCCCUUUUGGAUGAUCCCUUGAUGGGCUAUUCGUCCAAUAGAUAUGGAUCGGUGGACAGAAAGGAGAUGCACAUCGAGUCUAGGGCGAACUCCAUGACCGCCAGCCGCAUGGGUGAUUAUGGCCCUGGCCCGUACCCGCCCAGCAGGCGAACAAGCCAGUCGCCCGGAGGGCAAUUCAGUCCCGGUGGACGUGGCAUGGGCCGACCGGCUACAGCUCAAGAUUCCUCAUAUGGGCCACCGCCGAACGGGAUGCCGCAGGGCGGCCGUCCCUCUCCUCCCACGAAUAUGCGGGCCCCAGUUCCGAGACACCCUCCUGGGCAUGGAAAUGCGGUGGCACCGCAGCAAAUGGAGCAACAUCUAGGGGUGAGCAAUUCAUAUCCAGCCAAGGGCUCCCCUAAUUCAAGAAGUCUGACUGGUAGUGCGAGCGCCAGCGCGGAGAGUGGUGACAGCGGAGCGAGUGCCAAUAUCGAUUCCGAGAACUCGGCUCAUAGCAGUCAAAUCAGCCUAGGGGCCCACCCAACUCCCAUGUCUGUUCGUUAA